AUGUCGGUGAUAGACACAAGACGUCCACCUUCAGCCACUGGCCGACUAAAGCGGAUUUUUUCAAGUUCACAAUCACAAGCCGGUCUCGGAAAAAAGAAUCCCCCAAUAACAGUACCACAAAGCAUACCAGGUCAAGGCCGUGAGCUAUCGAUUACUGAACUCGAGCCACUCCCCGGGAAAAUUGGCCGGUAUAUUCGUGUCUACUGUGGCAGUGUUUGUCCCUCUGCUAUUUUUAAGACCGUCUUUGUUCAUAAUGAUGACACCGUGGCUAGCUGUGUUGCCAAAGUUCUUAUUUUACUAGAAAAGGAAGGGGAGCAUGUGAUGGAUAUGUGUACCUUGUACGAAGUUAUUGGUCGGCUACCGGCAAAUUCGAAGGCCAUUGAUGGAGCCAACGUGGUUAUCGACCCGGGAGAAACAUUUACUGAGUUAAGUGCGCGGUCACUUCCAACAAACAUCACUCUUAUGGAUGUCUUUUCACUAAUGGCACCAGCUCCUGGCCUAUGUCGUAGAUUAGAGCUGAGAAAGUAUCCCUCUUCCCCACCAAACGGCAGCGAUUCUCCCAUUCUACAACAAAGAGGAAAAAAUGCCUCAUUGCUGAAAAGAGCCAGUUCAAGAACUUCUGGAAAUGGAUGUGUUGCUCCUCAUUGCCCUUUCCUUCUCUUGUUAAAGGGCAGUAGACCCGAACACGAUCAGAUACUUCAAUCUUUUCAUAGCAUUCGUUGGGAAAAAUCAAGCCUUAUAACUAUGGGAACAUCGGAGCGCGAUGAUAUUCGACUCUACCCCUGGCCUGAAGCGCAAAAUAGUAGAGGGAAUGUUAGUGCCAAUGGAAACGGGCAUUCAAUAUUAAAAUCCCCGAUCAUAUUCGAAGCCAGGACAAAGUCUAUUUGGAUGUCGGUUGUUUCUCCGUUCAAUGCCAUUCAACCAGACAAUCCUUUGACAAUUACUCUCAACUGGGAGACUCUAACAGACUCUAGCAGUUUUCCGGUUAACCGAUGUCUUGAACCUGGAGAUAUAUUGAGAGUUGAAUCACAAAAUCUCACUUAUGUGUUCAUCUACAAGGACCCAGGUACAGUACCAGAACACAAGCUAUCUCUUGGAUUUCUGACUCUACCUCAGAUACCAUCAACCAAACCCCCAACUGGGGUAAACGGAUCACGUUCUGCUGCAAGAACAGCUAGAAUCGAUGCUUUGGUUCGAAGAAACUCAAAUUCUAGUAAUGCUGGAGGAACAAACGUAUUUCCAAACGUCGCUGAUGUGGAAUCAGUCAUUGGAGUUCUGUUUCCAAGGCUCUCAAAUCGAAGCAAGUAUCCCAAUUGGGGUGAAAACGGUGGCAUCCUACCGGAUGUUGGAGUUUCUGCUGGUUGUUCAGCCCACCUUCUUCGAUCGCUUGUCAAAUAUGGAGCUGAUACUGGAGCCAAUGUUGACGACGUUACUAAGGAGAUUAGUCAGACAUUGACAAGAGAGUUGGAAAACCUAAAUAAGGUAAUUAUUGUGUGA